UGGGACUGGAACUUGGUGCGGUAUGGGGACUGGGAAGGGGGACCGAACGGGCUCGCCUCUGCACCGGGACGGGCUCUUCGCUGUGUCUGGACCGGGAUCGAAUCAGGAUAGGCUCACGGGAACGGUUCCCUGCUGUGACCAGAGCAGACCACACCGGCACAGCGUCGUCGUGGUGCGCCUGCCCCGGUUCUUUUCCUGAACGGGAUCUCUGCCAUCCCUCUGUCCCGGUACCGACCUGGGACAGGGUCCCUGCCAUCAUUUUGCUCUGGUACCGAACCCAAACGAUAUCCUCGCCAUCUCUCUGUCCCGGUACCGGACUGGACGGGGUCCCCGCCCUCCUUCUGUCCUGGUACUGGUCCGGGACGAGGUUCCCAGUAUCCCUCUGCUCCGGUACCGGACGGGACGAGCUCUGUCCCUGCUCCCACCACCCCCGCAUCACGCCGGUCCUGCACCAGCCCAUUUUGCUCCCGCAGCCCCACCCCAACUCUCUCUGUCCCUGCCCCCGGUGGCGACUACGCCGGGGGUCCCGAGAGUCCGCGUUCGGCUCCAUCCCGCCUGCAGGGCUUUCCCGGGGAACCCCUAAUCCACGGGUUAAGAGGAUCGCUGGGGUUUACGUGCAGAGCCGGGCAGUGGCCUCCAUCCCCGGAAUGCCGCUCCCGGGGGAAUUUGUAACCGCGGGGUCCAGGACGACCCCGAGGAAAUGUUCACCCAAACGUGAUCCCAAAGUUCAUGUUUCCCGGUGUCACUCGUCCCCAACUCAUCCAAGAGCGAGGAAACAACGAUGGGUCAUCCAAAGCAUUAUCCCCGAGGGGAAACUGAGGCACGGGAACAGGCUGGGAUCACUGGAGGCAGAAUCCCAGUACGUUCCCGGUCAAAAAGUGUGGUUUGGGGCACAUCACGCAACAGGUUUCCACCGGAUUCCCAACCCACUGGUGGACACGGGGGAGCUUUCCCGGGGCCAGCCGCAUGAUCUCAGAGGCAGGAAUGUGCCGGGCUUUUGUCGGAGCAUCGCCCUGUUUUGUCUUUCUUGCAUCCUGUAAGAAAACAAACAAAUCCCUGGCAGGAAUGAUCCCAGCAGGGCCCGGCUGAGUUCACCCUCGCCCACCGGAAAUCCAGUUUUCACAUUUUUUGAGAGGGGAGUAAAGUUUCUGUGGCUGGGGGCAAGUCCCCUGUGGCUCUGUCUUGGCUAUUCCUGGCCCCUUGGUAUCAUCUUUGGAGCCAAAUUCCCAGGAGUGCCUGCAUCUCUUCGUUUAUCUCUGGCAUUCCCUCUCGACAUGCGCUGGUCACACUCAGGAUGUUUUCAACAGAUUUCCUUUCCUUGGGUUGGUUUUUUCCGGAAUGGGUCCCCACAGCUCCUCUGCACUACCAGUAUGGAUGUAGAGUUAGGGGGAUCCAUCCAAGACCCCCCAGUUGCACCCCCCCAGUUGCACACAGGUCCAGCUGUCCUGGCCAUAGAGGGUUUUCCAUGCAUAUUCCAGUGGCUUCAACUUUCUGUGCUAGAAACUGCCCCCAAAUACCCCAAAUUUCUCUCCCCCAGCAGAGCAUCCCUUCUGGGAGCUAUUGUCCUGGCAGCCCUGGGGUCCCCGCUGGCCCCCAGCCCCCACUCUUGGAGGGCCUGAUCCUUCCCAGCUCUGUUCUGUCAGUGGACACUGCCCAGAAAGGCGAAAAGUUGGUGAUUUUUCCCAGUCCUACAGAAUAAACCUCCCCCAGUUUGGAUGCAAGCCCUUCCCACAGGCUGGAGAGGAGGGGACUCUGUGCCGGGGCUGGCAUCUUUCACUGCCAGCCCCCUGGUUUUUAUUCCUGUAGGAUUUUCCCUUGCUGGCGCUUUGUGUUGUCUCCCAGCGACAGUAAGGGGAGCCAAGGCUGGGCAAUUCUAUGCCCACCAUCCCUUUUCUUUCUGGCUGUGCCAGCAUUAUGCUUGGCAGGAGCAACAGCUUUUGGGGGAUGUGAGGAGGAGAUGUUGAGCACCGGACCCCUACAAACGCCUGGCCCACACAGUGGGGCUAAGUGGUGCUUUCCCCCUUUCCCUGCACUCCACUUCUGCCCAGAAAUUAUGGCCAGGUCUCAAUGCCUGAUGCUUUCAGCUUAUUUCCAGGAUAUUCCCUCAUGCCCAAAGGCAGUGAGCCCAGAGAAAAGCCCCUUUUGUGGAAACGGCUGUGGCCACACGCUGCUGACACCCCACAGUGGCACCCUGAGCUCCAAGAACUACCCGGGCACGUAUCCCAACCACACCAUGUGUUGCUGGCGGCUCCAAGCCCCCCCGGGCUCCUCCCUACUCCUGGCAUUUGGGGAUGUGGAUCUGGAGCCCUCAGAGCACUGUGCCCACAGCUCCUUGCUGCUCGCUGACCCCCAGACCGGCACUGCCUACGGGCCCUACUGCAGGAACUCCGUCCCUUCUGCCCCACUCCUGGUGACAAACUCCAGCACUGUGACCGUCCUGUUCAACAGCACCAGCCACCGCUCGGGACGAGGCCUCCUCAUGUCCUAUGCCACCUCACAGCACCCAGACCUGAUCUCCUGCCUAGUUCGAGGCACUCAUUACACCCAGGAGUACAUCAGUGUGUACUGCCCUGCAGGCUGCAAGGACAUCCAUGGGGACAUCUGGGGCAACCCGAGCCAGGGCUAUCGGGACACAUCGGUGCUGUGCAAGGCAGCUGUGCAUGCUGGGGUGAUUGCGGAUGAGCUGGGAGGGCAGGUCACCCUGUCCCGAGAGAAGGGGAUCACGCUCUAUGAGUCAGCCUUUGCCAAUGGGCUCCGCUCCAAAAGGGGAUCUCUCUCUGAGAAGCGACUUGUAUUCCACAAAGCCUGUGAUGAUGUGCUGGAGGUGGUCACCUUCAAUGCCUCGUCCUGGUGGCAUGAGGUGGACGUGCUGGGCCAGGACCGAGCCUGGGUGGCCGAACGAGCAGCACUUAGCACCACUGACCAUUCCUGGGCAGCUGAACCCGGUGCCAAGGCUGCCUGGCUGGAGCUGGACCUGGGCACCCGAAAGAAUGUCACAGGCAUCAUCACAAAGGGCUCCUCUGAGCAGCACGACUACUACGUGACGUCCUACCAUGUCUCCUCUAGCCGCGACGGGAAGAAUUGGAGACCUUACAGAGGCAGCAGUGGUCAGGAGGACAAGGUGUUUGAAGGAAAUGCUGACAGCCACGGGGAGGUCUCUAACGCCUUUAUCCCCCCCAUCGUCGCCCGCUACAUCCGUGUCACACCGCAGAGCUGGCACCAGCGCAUUGCCCUGAAGGUGGCCCUGAUGGGCUGCCAGCUGGCACGGGUCCGCAUACCCCGUCCCUAUGAGCCCAGUGUCCCCAAGGAGGUGCUUGAAGCCACCAGCCACCCAGCCAGCCACACCCCCAUCCCUGGCAUUGCCCUGGACCCGGAGAAGGCAGGCUCCACACUGCUGGUGAUACUGCUUAUUGGAGGCUUUGUGCUCCUCUGCUCCUGCCUCCUGCUCCUGGCUUUCCUCUGCCACAGGAAGAGGAAAUCAACAGUGGAGCUGAACUGUGGGAUCACAAAAGGGUACCCCAAGUUGGAGUCGAGCCAGGUCUGCUCCCUGCAGAGCCUGCCAGCCCCCAGCCUGGCCUCCUUCCCCAUGGCCCCCACACCAGGGGACCUCAGCUGGACCCAUUCGCCAGAGUACACUGAGCCAGACCUGGUGCAGGCGAACCCCAGCAGCCAGACAGGUCCCUCCACCUUCAAACCACUCUUAGAAGAGGGCUACACUCUACCACUGGUCCUGAACCACUACGACGUCCCAGGGAAGCACAAUGAGUACGCGGAGCCACUGCCGCCAGAGCCUGAGUACGCCAUGCCAUUCAGUGAGCCGGAGCCUGCCGGGAUGCACCGCAGCACUUGCAUCAUCACAGGACCUGCCGAGUGCUCCCCGGGGCAGUACCAGACCCCUGCCCUGCGGCCCGGGGAGCUGCCAGCUGCGGUGGAGGGGACUGGCACUCCCUGUUCUGAGGAGUCCCGUGGGUGGCCUAGGCACUGUCCCCUCGCACACGUGUACCAUGAGGCUUUGUGAGGAGGGGAGCACAACAGCAC